GAGCGGCAAGCCGCGAACUGCGUCGCGACGCCUCCGACUCGAGUCUCGACUCCCGAGGCGCAUCGUUGAUCGCAUCGAGCCGAUCGAGCAGUCGCGCGCGGACCGCGGAACGGAGAGUAUCUGCUUUUCUGCCCGCGCUUUCGCGGCCUCUCGUUCUGCUAUCCCUCGACCCGAAAGACGACAAGCGAGAGUUUUUAAUCUACGUACGACUGACCGAUGCCAGAAUAGAAAAAGCGAGGGUUCCUACGCUGCUCGAGAUCUUUGCUUGUUACACUCUCGCUCUCUUCGUGCCGUCUUUCUAUUAUUUUUUUUUAAUCGUUGAAUUGCCGUUUUUGCUUGCUUCGGUUUCGUUGCAAUUUCGUUUGAAAACAAAACUUGUUAACAAACAUGUGCCUGCGGGUAUUGCAUUCGUCUACAAAUCUGUGACUCUUUAUGUUGUAUUGAUGAAAAAUUGAUUAACCGCGUUUCUACCACGUCGGAAAGGAGUAUUAAGGUAGUAGUAAUAAUAAUAAUAACAACACCGUCAUUUUCACCGCGAAUCGACGGGGGUGGACGUACUCCGCGAAGGGCGACGAGACUCACGUUAUUCCGUUCUGCGUAGCACGAACUGAAAUCUCGUUCCGUUGGAAACUUGCAGGGAAUUUAUUUGUUCGGUUAACACUGAUGCGAGAAGGUACCGAUUCAAUAGGUCGUUGGUUAUCGUAUUUCGAAGAUUUUGUUCGUUUUCCGGAAUCGAUUCUCUAAUCGUGUACUUAAUUACAACGAGCUCUCGUUCGGUCAGUACGUACAUGCGUAUGUAAAACAACAGUAAGGCGGAGAGUUUAAUAUCGUAAAUAGGGUAUGGGCAACGCAAAGUGAGCAGCAAGUGAGAUCAAGGAGAAAAGAAGAGAGAGAAACGUUAUCCGUUGUGUUAAUAAUACGCGAGGAACAAUCUGGACGGUUGUAAUAAAUUGCGACGCGGGACGGGAGGAAAACAAUCCAAUUUCGUACAAUUGGUGUGUGUGUCCACAUAGCCCAUGUACGCCAAAGACUGAAGAGACGAGCCGGUUAGCGUGUGGACCCUUACCAAGGUCCGUAGUUGAGACAGGCGUAGAGAAGAGAAGGGGGAAGGAGAAUAAGGAGAGGAACGAAAGAAGAAAAGAAAAGCAAAAUUUUACAAAAGGGGAUAACGAAAAUGGCGGUCGGGGACGGGCAGAUACUGGGGAACGAGGCGGUGGAUUCGCUGACGAUAAUAUCACCGAGUUCAAAACUGUUGAGUGGACCGGGUAACGGUGUUAUAUGCAACGCGAUACCGAAGCACAAUAACAACGGACUUAUGCCGAAUGGAAAACCGAUCGAAAUUGUUUCUAACGGCAAACCAGAGGCUGGUGAUAAAAAUUCAAAUGGCACAAACACCGUAGAAUUUUCCGACGAAGAUGUCAGCUGCGGAUGGGGAAGUCUCGUUACACCUAAGUGGAUGCAGUGCUUUGCUUCGAAACAAGCAUUCUUAGUCAUCUUUUGUAUCACCUGGGUCCUCCAGGGUAUGUAUUACACCUACUUCGUAUCUGUAAUAACGACAAUAGAGAAGUUGUUCCAAAUACAGUCGAAAACUACGGGUAUAAUAAUGUCUGCAACCGAGAUCGGGCAAAUCGGUUCGUCGCUUCUUCUGACCUAUUACGGGGGUCAAGGUCACAGGCCUAAAUGGAUAGCGUGGGGGAUGAUUUUGUUCGCUGUAAGUUCCUUCUCCUGUUCCAUGCCGCACUUCAUAUUCGGCGAUAAACUCAUGCGGCAAAAUGAAAUGCUUCACACGACCGGCCCCGUUCCACCAAACUUAUGCAAGCUUGAAGAGCCAUGGGAUACAAACACGACGAGGGAUACCACGCCUGUGUUGCGGAAUCUGUCCUCAACUUACUGCAAGGAAGCUUUCUUAGAGGAACGGAGGAUACAGAGCAAAAUCACAACGAUAGUUUUGGCUAUAUUCUUCGUCUCUUUACUCGGUGUUGGAAUGGGCCAGACGGCCGUUUACACUCUUGGGAUUCCUUAUAUUGACGACAACGUUGCUAGCAGAGAGAGUCCUCUCUAUUUUGCAAUUACAAUCGGCGUGAGAAUACUCGGACCAGCUCUCGGUUUUAUACUUGGAUCGCUCUGCACAAUGUUGUACGCAGAUUUGUCCGUAACUCCGGAAAUUACGCCUUCAGAUCCUCGAUGGGUGGGUGCCUGGUGGCUCGGUCUGGUACUCGUUUCGGCGAUGCUACUGUUGGCCAGCGUCGCCAUGUUCGCAUUUCCUCGGCGUUUGCCAUCUAGCAAAGCACCGCUUCGGCGCGAUGAUGCGAACAAGCCGAGUCUCAAAGAUUUUCCAAAAGCCGUCAAAAGGUUACUCAAAAAUGAUAUACUCAUGUUUCGAACUGCGAGCAGCGUUCUGCACAUCUUGCCUAUCGCCGGCCUCUACACUUUUCUACCAAAGUAUCUGGAGAGCCAAUUCCGACUUCCAGCUCAUCAUGCUAACAUGAUUUCAGGAGUCGGAGGUAUCCUUGUAAUGGGCCUCGGUAUAGUGCUCAGUGGGGUAUUUAUUCUGAAAAUGAAACCCAAUGCCAGGCUAGUCGCUGCCUGGAUCGCCUUCACAGCUAUCGUCUAUGCCGUUGGCAUGGGGAUUUUGAUGUUCAUUGGAUGUCCGAUGGAUGAUUUUGCAGGGCUUGUGUUACAUCCUGAACAGAAAGUUGAAGAUAAGAACGUCUUCAGUAUGUCUAGUUUUGCGCUGACGUGUGAAACAGAUUGCGAAUGUGAUUACAACAAAUUUAGUCCGAUCUGUGGAUCCGAUGGUAAAACUUACUACUCGGCUUGUCACGCAGGCUGUUCCAACUACGUUGUUGAAAACGACAAGGUAGUUUCCUAUUCGGACUGUCAGUGUAUUGAUCAGAAUUCUACACACUCCGAUCCAUUGGACACUGCAACAAUUGGUUACUGCGAUUUAGACUGCAACAACUUCUGGGUCUAUAUGAUUCUAUUCUCAGUCUUUGUUUUCAUUCAUUCUACGAGUGAAGUUGGCUCCAUGCUACUGAUACUCCGAUGUGUCGACCCUAGGGACAAGGCCAUGGCUUUGGGGCUGAUACAAUUUGCAAUUGGCCUUUUCGGUAACGUUCCUUGCCCCAUAGUUUACGGUGCUGUUGUAGACUCGGCCUGUCUUGUGUGGGACGUUGCGUGCGGUGAACGCGGUGCCUGCUGGCUCUACGAUUCUAACAUAUUCCGAAUGUUUUAUCAUGGUACCACGGGCGGUAUUUUGCUCUGCGCAUUCAUUACUGACCUUGUGGUAUGGUACAAAGCAGGCAGUAUAAACUUUGCGGAUGAGAACGAGGAAGGAACGGCGGAGGAAAUGGUGAAUUUGAAGAGGUCGGAUCGACAACGGGCACCCGACAACGAUUACCUGUAAACGGAAAAAAAUCGACAAAGAAAAAUCCCUCCGGCGAGGCGAUGGAAGACACAAGGCAGAGAUUGCAUUUCUUGUUACUUUUUUUUAAUUACAUAUAUAUAUAUACAUGAAUCAAAGACAAAGGUGCUUAUAAAAUGGUAUUGUACUCGUCGUACGAUUCAUUUUCUACGUGAGAACUUGUGUUUUUAAACGUUGGAACUGCACUUCGGGUAGUCGAGUGAAUGACGGCCAACCGUUAUUUUCAUUUAAAUGAUAUAUUUGCAUCAAUCACGCCUAUCGACGGUUACUACAACGACAUUUUAACAACCUGUUAUACGAGUCUCAUUUGGUUUACUAAAAAGGAAAAAAAAAAAAAAAUGAAAGGAAGAAACGUAUCCAAACGAUAGAUCUUUAUUCGAGUACAUGAUAAUAUUAUAUACGAGAUCGCAUGUGUAUAGGUAAUGUUAUGUACUACUAUGAUGCUCAGCGCGGAAAAAAUGCCAUAUUUGUAAAUAAUUUUUAAACGCGUGCGUGGUGUUGACUGCCUACGACUGACGUGUUGUUUUCGAAUGAAAAUAGGAGAUACUACAGGCGUAAAACAGAAGACUAAAAAAAAAAAAAUGCAACAAACUAGUUAUUGAACUCAUGCAAAGGGGAUAUAUAUCUAUACGCAUGUUACACAUGAGAAGAUAUUUGGGAGUAAUUAUAACAAUUACAUCACACAUUUACUUCACACGGGUACGAAAAAAAAAAAGUAAAAACAAAACUGACUGACUGAAAGUGCAGAAUCGAAGUAUAAAAGUAUGAGAGAGAGAAAGAGGAAAGAGAGUAAGAGUGAGCGAAAGAGAGCGCGAGAAUGUUAUACACCUGUUCUAGGAUUGAUUUAAUCUCAGUGGAUAUAGGUAGCUAUAACAAAUGCGUUUUGAGUAUUGCUAAGAGGAAUUUAUAUUUUGCUUGUUUAAUUUUGUUUAAUUUUUUUUUUUCAUGUCUUUAUCAAUCAUGUGUACCUAAGUUAUUGCGACUUUCGUGCCUAAUUGGGAUUAUGCUGGGUGCCGUAUUUUUACAUCGUAAUAUAUAUAUAUACGGUAAAAAUGUGAUACUGUGCAUUUUACAUUUGCAAUUUUGUACAAAAUGCAUUGCUAACGACUGAGUGGUUUGACGCGCAUGCGCUAAAAUUCGAGAGCAAGAGCAUCUGUUUUGUCAAGGUGACCAACAUUUUUGACGUUACAUGCAUCGCGGCAACGUGUCAUCUGAAUAUAUAAAUAUUGGUCACCCUGUUAAAACAACUGUUCUUGCUUUCUAAUUUGCGCGCAUGCGAAUUAACCCAUUUGGUCGUCAGCAAUUCACUCUGUAUAUACAUACAAUAUGUAUACAUGCAUAUAUAUAUAAUUAUACAAAUUUCAAUUGUAAUUAAUUAAUUGUUUGAUGAUUGAGCUGAGCUCUGUAGUUACAAUUACGAUAAUUAUUUUUACAAGUAUUCUUACAGCACAUCAGCUGGAUUAGGAUCGCAAGGUUACCGUAUCAAAUAUUAUUGAUCCAUGCUCAGUUGAAGAGCAUCAUAUUUUUAUUUCUAUUGCCGUAUAUUUGUCUACGGCAUAUAGGAAGUUUUAGAUUGAUUGACACGUUCUGCUGUGAAGAAAGAAUCACAUUAAAUUUUAUCACUUCUCUUCCCGAUUAUUUAUAUUAUUUAUGUUAAUCGGGAUGCAGUGUUUUAGUAGUUCAAUUUUAUAUAUUUAACAAAAAAAAUAUAUAUAUAUAUAUACAUAUAUACACACAUAAAUACAUAUACAUAUAUAUAUAUAUAUAUUUUUAUUUUAUUACUUUUACGUAUCGUAUGUACAUAGAAGAGAUGAGAGUUUAUUAUAUUGAUUAAAUUUAUAACCAUCCGAGGGGCGAUAUAGAAAUAGGUGAGGGGAGGAAGAGAGGUCUAGAAGUUACGAAUUCGUAAAAAAAUUAAAAUCAAAGAAAAGUCUUGACAAAAAAAGAAAAACAAAAAAAAAAACAAAAACCAACAACUACAUAAAUACCUAUGCAAACACAACCAUACAUACAAAAAAUACACGAGAUAUUUUUUUAAACGAAAUUUGAUGAAUAUUAAACAAAAAAUUGUAUUAAUAAUAUAGCAUAAAUAUUGCCGUGACGUUAGAAGCGGGAGAGAAAUAAUUUUGAGGAAGCACAUGUAUAAUAAAAGAGAAAAAGAGAAUUUAGAAAUGAAAAAAAAAAACGUAUUUUAAUAUGGUGCACUUUACACACGCAAAAUACGCAUGACACACGUGUUCUACAUGGCUUAACCUUCUUCGUAACUCAUUUUGACGAAGACUCGGUGACAGAGUAUCGUGCAUAUAAAAUAAAAACUUAACAGUAUGUGAUGAGUCAGGAAUAUACCUUAAAGCGCAAUUUUACAGAUUAAUAAUGUAUUUAAAAAAAAUUUCCUUUGGAUGUAUGGUCGCGAAUCAUUGAAAAAUGUAAGGUAUUUUAUUACCGUAUUGCUUUGAAUGUAAGUCGAUUCUAACUUAAAGUUUGCGUAUGCUGAAGUAAUCCUCUUUUCUACGAAAUAUUCUGGGAAUAGACCCUGUUAGGCAACACUACGAAUUAUUCUACGAGAUUUUUUUUCCCCUCCCCCGAUUCAUAUUAAAUACCAAAAUUUGUAUGUGAUUCUGUCUUGAACUAAGAAAAAUAUGUUGCAUUAUUUGCUAUCGACUUUACAGGAAUAUAAUCAACGAAAAGGCUUACAUAGAAUACACAGCGAUCGACUUACAAAAAAUUAUUUGAACAUCUUGAAGCUGUAAUAAGAACAAUUCUUUCACAAUUUAUUUUAUUGGAACGAAAAAACUGACUGAUGUUAUUUUAAAUUGCUAAAUAAUGUUAAACCACAAAUAUAUCUCAUUCACAAUACACAAUAAUACAAGAUAUUCAUUAGAAAAAUCGUUAUUACACUUUAAUCGUCUUUUGAAUAAUAUUUUUAAUAGGACGAAUUUUCAGAAUUGAGUGUACCGGUAUGAUUAGCGUGAUUAUAUCGAUACGAACAUACUUUAUUAUACGCGUUACGAAGAAACGGUAACGAAGAAUGGACAAAAAAUGGAGAAUUUUCUAAAUAAAGUCAUGCAUAAAUACAUACAUACAUACGAACACACGUGCAUGUAUACUUGCAAUAUUAAAUCAAUAACACGUUGUUUAGCAUGCAUCUAUGACAGACAUAGCAUGCUUGGACAUCGAAUACAUACACACAUACAGAGGAAGUAUAUCGAACUAGACAAAAGUUCGACCCUAAAAAUUUUCGAAUUUCCUUGCUAAUUUUUUUAGUCCCUUCCUUACGACAAAUUAUAUACUAGAUAUUCUUUCAGAUGUUUUUUUAUUACAAAGUCUUCGGAGAACCGAAAUUUUCAAUUUAGACAUUUUCCGCAAUCAACGAUAUUUUUAAUUGACUAUAACUUCUGAAUGCCAAAUCGGAUUAUCAAAUUUGGAAAACUCGAGUUGUCCUAAGGAAUGUGAUAACAUAUCAGCAACGAAAUCGAAUGGGAUGAGAGUCGGAAGUUUGUCAAGUUGGUUUGGAAAGCCUGUAUAUAUAUAUGUAUAUAAUGAAAAAAGUUUAUAAUUAUAUGUAUAACGUUUUGAAAAUUAUUAGAGGAAAGAAGCAGGAAAGAAGGCGAAAUAAAUAUUUUUUUUACUGCCGCGACGCAUAUUUUAAUCUGGCACUAAUCAUCAUUUGACAUCCAUACAUGCAUCUACAUAUAUACAUAGAUAUAUACCUAUAUAGGUAUAGCGGGUUAAUGUAACAUUCAUUAAUAGACGUAAUUAACUAUAUCUAUAUAAUAUAAUACAAAAGACUUGAUGACGACGAUGAAAUAAAGUCAAGAUUAACAUCAUUCAUUAUGAAACUGAUAUGAUAAUAUUAUUAACAAUAAUAGUAACAAUAAUCUUCCUCAGAAAUCAUAUUUUUAUAUCUAACCAUUACCGUAACUGUAUAAUAUAUUAUACAUGAUACAAUAUAAUAUGUAUAUGAUAUUAAGGUACGCACUGUCAUACUUACAUAUUUCAUUUUAUCUCAAAUCACGCAUCACUAUACUGACGAACAAAGGUAAAACACAAACAUACACACACGCACGCAUAUAGAAUAACGUAGGAUAACGUUACAAAAUUACACCUAAAUAUGAAUAGUAACAAUAUAAUGUGUAAGAUGUAAUCAGUACAGAUCCGCGUUUUUGGAGCGGCGCUAUUUUGGCUGUUGAUUACUUAAUAUAUUGUGAAUUGUGUUGUUCCAA